AUGUCCAAGGCAGUCCUGGUGCUCAGCAGGGGGAGUGGUGACACCAGGCCCACAGCAAGCAGCUUGGAAGUCAGAGGCGGCUCCAGCGGCAGGAGAGCAGGGGCAGGGUCCGAUGGCAACAUGGGAGAUGGCAGGCAAGAGCAAGGAGCACACGAAGGCGCCCAGAGGGAGGGCCGCUCCUUGCAGCCCAGCACCAGCUUGGACACCCCCAGCGAGAGGAGCGCUGCGGAGCGCCACUCCCUGGAGCGCAUGUUGAAGCAAGAGGGCGCUGGCCGCCUGCACGCCCUCCCUGACUCCCAGGGGGGGAACAUGGCGGGAAUGGCCAGCAGCGCAGCCAGCCACACACUGCUGCAAAAGGAGAGAUGGCCCUGGGCAGAGGCUGCCAGCGGCAGCCCCGUCUCUGUGGAGGCACCCAUAGGGGGUGCACCAGCUGGGAGAGGUGGAGAUGGGCCUGCCGCCAAGUCCCAACAAGAGUUGACCAGUGGGGGGAUGGAGGGCUUGACAGGGAUGCCGGCGGCGGAGCGCCUGCUGAACUCCAUCAGCCUGAGCGAGCUGUACCUGGGGGACCGCUUUGCCAGCGGCACCUACGGCCGGCUCUACACUGGCGUCUUCCGAGGACAGACUGUGGCCAUCAAGAUCGUGCGCUCCCCCGAGUCAGAGCAGGCGGCCUUUCAAAUGGCGGACAUGUUCUCGCGCGAGUUCAUGGGCGCGUGCCAGAAGCCCCCCCUGCACUGCCUUGUGACCGAGCUCCUUCCGGGGGGCACCCUGCGCAAGUACCUCAGCGGCCCGACUGCGCCGCCCCCCUUUGCGGUGGCGCUCAGGAUGGCGCUCGAUGUAGCGCGGGGCAUGGACUACCUGCACUCCAAAAACAUCAUCCACAGGGACCUGAAGGCCGACAACCUGGUGCUUAGCCGCAGCCACGUGGUGAAGCUGACUGACUUUGGCAGUGCGCGCGUGGAGAGCGAGGAGGGCGCGCAGAUGACCGCCGAGACGGGGACCUUCAAGUUCAUGGCGCCCGAGGUGAUUCGGCGGCGCGGCUACAGCCGCAAGGUGGACGUGUACAGCUUCGGCAUUUUGCUGUGGGAGCUCUUCACCGCCGAGGUCGCCUUCGCGGGCAUGAGCGGCGUGCAGGCCGCCUUCGCCGUCGUCAACAAGGUCAGCGCGCGGCUGGGCCUGCUGGGAGGGCGGCGGGGUCUUGCGGCAGGCACUCCCCACCUCAGUCACCGCAAGCGGUGUCACCAUUGA